GAAAUUUUGUACUUACAAUAGGAUAAGCCGAUAAGGUUUAGUUUAUUUAGCUUCAGAUACCGUAGUUUAAAUUGUAUACAGCGAAUUUAAGUUUUUAAUACAAAACAUGUUUUUGCUCGAUUUCGUUUGUUUUAUAAGCUGAGGGCCUACCGCGAACCACGUUGACUCCCUGUCACACUUACGUACGAAUUCACAAGUGUGACAGAGAGGCAACACGUCGAACGUGGUUCGCGGUAAGCCCUCUGGAGUCAUGUCACUGUAUAUGCAGUUUCAUUAAAAUCUAACACAUAGUUUUAAAAUGAGAAUGAUACUCUGUACCAUACAGGAAGAUAUAUUUCCCAGAGCUUUUAGAUCACAAAAUGGAUAUUUCACACGUUUAUAUUCGGAGAAAAUUGAACCACCAACAUUGACUGCUGAUUAUAAUUACGUGAAGAAAGCUACAAGGAACUCCUCUGUUUUGAUUGUUGAUGUCAGAGAGCCUGAUGAAGUUAAGGAACAUGGGAAAAUACCAAAUAGCAUUAAUAUACCUUUGGGUACAGUUCCACAAGUGCUUGGUGAAAUGUCAGACAAACAGUUCCAGAAGACUUUCAAUAGACAGAAGCCAUCUGCAAACACUGAGAUAAUAUUUUAUUGCAUGAUUGGAAAGAGGUCUGGCAAGGCUCAGCAGGAAGCUAUCAGUGCAGGGUAUAAAAAUACAAGGAAUUAUUUAGGCAGUUGGAAUGACUGGGCCAGCAAUCAACAAGCAGGAUAGACAGCUUGACAACCCAUCCUGCAAUCAAAAUAAUUUAUGAGUCUUGUUUUGUUGACAAAGUCAAUCACGUACCUAAUGUGUUGUUUUAGAACUGUUCUAAUAAAUUGUUGGUAUAAUUUUA